CAUAAACUACCUUUCACCCAUUGAUGUUAAUAGAGUCAUUAUUAAUUACACUACCCUGCUAACCUUAAACGCGGGGUGUGCAUUAACGCCAACUUAUUAGAAGAUGGACAUAGCCACGAUCGAUCGGUCCAACUCCACCUAUAUCAGCCACUUUAUUGCUCAUGCGGCUCGGAUAGGCACAAGGGGCAACGUCUGUGAAACAAGCCCUCGACUUCACUUAGAUUAUGCAACGGAUCCACUACCACAUACCUUCUCUGUACAGAACGGGAGACGGGACUUCACCAUGAUAGCUCUAGAGGUUAUGGAUACGGGCCAAAAGAUUGGAGUAUAAGACGACGACCAUGGACGACGACUUUGACAUCACCAAGCCCCAACCACAUUCGCUCACUCCUAAACUCCGUCACUCGUUUCUUGGCGUUCGCUCCAAAACCACCUCUAAAGCAUUUUAAGGCUCUGAAUCUAGAUAUUACAUACCCCGUCUAUUAACAUGCUCCUCACACAAUAUAUUAUCCUCACCUUCAUGUCCCUUGGACUCGUCCAGGCAUCUCCCACGGCUCCUCAUGAUAGUCCGCAACGCCUGUCUUUCGACGAUGUUGUUCUGCUCGGCAAUGAUGGAAGCAGCAAAGUCCUUAAGGAGUCCGAGUACAAUAAGCUAGCCGCCCGCAGUAACGUUACGCCCAACACCUUGGCCCCCCAGAUGCGCCAAGUUCUUAACCGCCGGGGCUGCGAACAGAGCACUGAGAUCGAGGUUAUCUCGGACACCCAGUUCACCAACUCCGAUGUAGCCAUGUCUCCCGUCGUCAACUCAGCGGGCUCUGACAGUGACUCAUUGGCUGUCUCACGAGGCUAUAGCAUCGCAAAUAGCGUCACUGUUACCGCAGGCGCUGACAUCACCCUCGUGAAGGAUAUCCUAGGCCUUAGUUUCUCUAUCGCAUAUGCGCAGACCUGGACGACAACAGACACUCAAACUUUUACAUUUUCCGUGCCCGAUAACCAAUAUGGUCUCAUUGUCAGUCAACCACUAGUCCGCCGUAUUUUGGGCCAGACUAUAAGCGGUUGUACUGACAACCCCACUCGCACCGACUUCACAGCGGACAGCUACAGCAGCAAGGCAUUUGGAGGCCUAGACUGGGUGACUGGCAUUAUCCGCCUAUGCAACAGUACUACUUACCCAGUGUCGUUCUGCAGUGGUGAAGGUGAACAUUAUUAAGAUUUUAGGGAGGGGAACAAGAAGGUAGUUACGGGAUGGAAGUAGAGUGUAAGGCACUACUAUAUAUGUUUCGGACCACUCACAGAUAGAUCGAGUUCGCGAAUGGUCUAGGUCACUUGCGAAUAAGCGACACACAUAGGAGUAGCAUAUAUAGUAGG